AUGCGAAGCUCUCAUAUCGCGUCUGGGCGGAUCGGCGAGGAGUUGAAGCCCCGGUUCGUCCAUAUGGACGCUCUGGAGAUCGUCGCGGAGAAGACUCGCCGGUUUUGGUGGGGACAGCAGAUCGAACUUGCGACGAUCUCAUGGAGCUUGUUGCUGGCUGUUGAAGGGCGACGGCGGAACAUUCCUUCUGUUUGGGCCUAUCUUGCCUUGGCACAUCUCGUCAGCUUGUCUUUCGCCCAGAACCUAUUUUAUUUGGCACUGCUUCUCACGCCAGCCUCAAGCCCUGCCGGACAUCAAGAGCGCCCAACUUCUAUAGUUGAGCGUUUCCGCCACAGAUUAUUUCCCCCGAAACCUGCAAAUUGGCUCCCACACCCCGCAUUACUCUUGGCCUCGUUUUGCACUACGUAUGUUCUGAUCUACUGGGCACCCUCAACGGCAGGCACAGCUACGUUUGCCAAGAUUGCAGUGGUCGGGCGGAUUCUUUCGUUCGCCCCCGUUAUUAUUCCCUCCGUGGUUCCGGCCAGCUGGGGAACAGUGUACAGCGACCCUCAUGGGGCAUACGGUAUCUUAGUUGAGCUCUUCCGAUUCGUUUCUACGACAAGUUUCGUUUUCCAUGCUAGAGGGACCGCACUUUGUCUGCUCUAUAAUACGCCAGAUGCACACUUCCACCGCCACAGUCGAUUCCUACCCUUUGACAAAGGCCAACGCUCGACUUGGGAGCGGACAACAACGGCGAUCGGCAAGGUUUUGGGAUCGUCAUCCGAUCACCCUGUUGUAGCUGCUGUGGCAUGGGACGUUUUGCUCAGUGGGGCUAGUCAGGGGUUGUGGGCAGCAGUGCGUGCGUUGGAUGUGAACGACAUUCUAGCCUCCGCAACUCCGUUCGUUCAGAAGGAUCUUUCGAGGGCGCAGUCACCACCCAGGCUGCUAGAAGGAGCCAAUAAACCAACGCCGGAACCGGAAUCGGCUAGCCACGCCGGCGUCAGCACCGCCCGACGCAGGGGCCGCCCAUCAAAAGUCAAGUCCGAAGAGAUGACAAUUUCGGAGACGCCUGGGUCUAGAAGCAUCCGCCGAGGGCGGUCCCGAAAGCACACAGAAAACCCCGAGGAGGUGCCGGAAGAUGAUGCCUACGAGCCGAGCUCGGCAGAAAGCCGUGCUGCGGUGGAGGGCGACGAGCUGCCUGAUAGCGAUCUGGACUGGGAGUCCGCAGCUUUGGCAUGGGGUCUUACAGCUUUGGGCGGGCUUGGUUCGAGCAGCGCUGGUAUACUUGGGGCCGAGUGCAUAUCUCGGUAA